GUCAACUAUAUUUGUAAUAAAUUUGAAUAAUACCUUAUCAAACAUUUGAUAUUAAUGUCACAUGGUCUCAAAAACUUGAAAUUUAAACCUACUCCACAUAUUAUUCAUGUUAUCAUUACCACUGAUUAUAACCGAUAUUGUUUCAUACCAGCAUUUUAAAAUAGUUCAUAUACCAAACACUAAAGUUACUCAAUAGAAAAUGUUUGUAUUUAUAUGGACAUUGUGUAUAGUAGUGUUACAGUCUCUAGCUCAAGAUUUACCAACAAACUAUGAAUACUUCGCUUCGACUAAAAUAACAUCUGGUGUAACUACAAAUGAAACUAGUUUUUUUCUAAAUGGAAAAGCCUUUUCGAUAUACAGUGGUUCCAUGCACUAUUUUCGGAACCCAAGGGCUUAUUGGAGAACUCGUUUAACUCAAUUCAGGGCCGCUGGUCUAAACACAGUCGAAACAUACAUCCCUUGGAAUCUCCAUGAACCACAAUCUGGAUUCUAUGAUUUUGGAGGAGGUGGAUCAGAGAUGGAUGAUUUCCUCUAUUUGGAAGAAUUUCUUAAUUUAGCUAAAGAGGAAGACCUAUUUGUUAUUUUAAGACCCGGGCCAUAUAUCAGCGCUGAAUAUAAUUUUGCAGGAUACCCCAGUUGGUUAUUAAGGGAAAAACCCAUGGGAUUUAGAACCGAUGAAGAAAAUUAUAUCAAAUAUGUUUCCAGGUAUUACAACAUACUUCUCCCUAUCUUAGAAAAGUAUCAAUUUACUAAAGGUGGACCAGUUAUAGCAUUUCAAAUAGAAAACGAGUAUGGCUAUACGGGAUAUAAAAAUUUCCAACCAUCAAAAAAUUAUUUAAACAUCCUUCGACAGCUGUACUUGAACAAUGGUAUUGUAGAGCUUUUAGUGACAUCAGAUAAUGCAAUUGGUAGAGGUGACUCGGGAACUCUUCCAGGCGUUUUAUUUCAAACUACCAAUUUUGGAGAUUCACCUGAGGCUUACUUAGAUAAAUUGGCUCAGCUACAACCAAACAAGCCUCUUAUGGUUAUGGAAUUCUGGAUUGGAUGGUUUGACCAUUGGACUGACAGUCAUCAAACCAGAAGUGCUAGUGACAUGAAAGAUUUGUACGAGCGUAUUCUAAAAUAUCCUUCGUCAGUAAAUAUUUACAUGUUUCACGGUGGAUGCAAUUUUGGUUUCGGCAAUGGUGCUCAUUUAAAUAAUGAAUUAUUAGACAACUCAGCCUUUCUACCAACUACAACAAGUUACGACUACGACUCGCCACUAAACGAAGCUGGAGACUACACUCAAAAAUAUUGGGAUGUCAAAGAUCUCAUACACCAAUAUAAUCCUAUAAAAACGUAUUUACCAGACCCACCGACAAUCUUACCAAGAGUCGCUUAUCCAAAAAUCAAAAUUACCCAACAAAUAAAUCUUAGUGAUUUACUUACGCAUCAACCGCCUCACGUUCUGUUAAGCACAAAUGUACUGGCAAUGGAAUUAUUGGACAUUAACAACAAAUCUGGACAGAGCUAUGGAUAUAUCGUUUAUCGUAAAGAAAAUGUAGACUUGGAAGCGCAGACUACUUUAAAAAUUGAAGGGCACGUUUGUGAUACAAUUAUGGUUUUAGUAAAUGGUAAACUGGUAUCACCUAAACUGGAAUCUUCUAGAGAUUUGGAUAAUUUUGGAUACUGGAGAGUUAAAGAUUCUAGUUUGAUUAUUAAUACCGAUGCUAUUAAAAAUGCAACGAUAGAGUUAGUCGUUGAAGAGUGGGGUAGAAUGCAUGGAGGAAGUAUUUUUCAAUAUAAUCAAACUUUCAAAGGACUUUGGCAAGGUAAAUAA